CGGUUGGCGGGUGUUCUCUAACUUCCUCGUUUUCUCAGAAACUGCUUCUUUAAUCUCUUGUCUGAUUUGGUAAAUUUUGGGAUUAAUUGGGUAAUUAAGUGAUUAAUCAUCCGUUUAAACAGGGUGAUUAGGAAUAAAACAGAUUCAGAGAGGAAUAUGAAACACUUCCUCACACGUCUUCUUUCCCCCAAUCUCUCUGAAUCUCAGCCGUUCGUUUUGAUUCUGAGAAAAAAGGAAAGAUUUUUGGCUUUUGGGUCGUUCCUGUUAGUUCUUAGGUACCCGUUGAUUUGGGUUUUCUGAUUGGGAGUGAUUGCGAAUCGAUGGAACAUUCCAAAGUUUCUCCAUCUGAAUCUCAGGGCAAAGAGGAUAUGUCUCAAAAUCAUCCACCUGACAAGGAAACUAACCUAGAAACCCCUUCUAGUCCACGCCAUCGGAAGGUUGUUGCUAGAUGGGAUCCUGCUGAAGCACAGAGGCCGAUCAUCGAUGAGGCGCCGGUGUUCUACCCGUCUUUAGAGGAGUUUGAAGAUACGCUUACUUACAUAGAGAAGAUACGACCGUUAGCUGAAUCGUUCGGUAUAUGCAGAAUCAUUCCUCCAUCGACAUGGACUCCGACCUGUCGUCUGAAGGAGAAAUGUAUAUGGGAGAAUACGAAAUUUCCGACCCGGAUUCAGAAUGUGGACCUUCUUCAGAACCGGGGGCCGAUGAAGAAACCCAAGAGCAGGAAACGGAAACGGAGAAGGAACUCGAGAAUGGGUUCAUCGAGGAGACGGACUGGCACUGGCUCUGGCUCUGAAUCAGUUUCCUCACCCGAGAAUGAGGAGAAAUUCGGUUUCAAUUCAGGUUCAGACUUCACUCUCGAGGAGUUCGAGAAAUAUGCUCGGUAUUUCAGAGAUUCGUAUUUCGAGAAGAAAGAUUCCGUCGGGGAUACAAAAUGGACUCCAUCCGUGGAGGAAAUCGAAGGGGAAUACUGGCGGAUAGUUGAGCAACCGACUGAUGAAGUGGAGGUAUACUAUGGUGCCGACUUGGAGAGCGGUGUACUCGGAAGCGGAUUUCCGAAGGGAAUUGAAACAUUAACUGGAAGCGGCGACAUGGAUCAGUACAUAACUUCGGGUUGGAACUUGAAUAACUUGCCACGUCUUCCGGGCUCUGUCCUCUCUUUCGAGCACUGCGAUAUCUCGGGAGUUCUGGUUCCAUGGCUUUAUGUCGGGAUGUGCUUUUCUUCAUUUUGUUGGCAUGUGGAGGAUCAUCAUCUAUAUUCACUGAACUAUCACCAUUUUGGCGAGCCGAAAGUAUGGUACGGUAUCCCGGGAAGCCAUGCGACCGCGCUCGAGAAAGUGAUGAGAAAACAUCUGCCGGAAUUAUUCAAAGAACAGCCCGAUUUACUUCACGGACUGGUUACUCAGUUUUCGCCUUCUCUUCUAAAAGAAGAGGGUGUCCCGGUAUAUCGGGUGGUUCAGAAUGCCGGAGAAUAUGUACUGACGUUCCCGAGGGCAUAUCAUGCCGGAUUCAAUUGCGGGUUCAACUGUGCAGAAGCGGUGAAUGUGGCGCCGGUCGAUUGGUUAUCUCAUGGACAGAACGCCGUCGAAUUAUACAGUAAAGAGACUCGGAAAACGUCUCUGUCUCAUGACAAGCUUCUCCUCGGGGCGGCUCGGGAAGGUAUCAAGUCCCUUCGGGAACUCUCGACCCCCGGGAAGGAAAAUAGGAAGAAUUUACGAUGGAAGAGCUUCUGCGGAAAGAACGGAACACUUACCAACGCGAUUCAGGCUCGGGUUCGGAUGGAAGAAGAAAGGAUCUCAGCUCUUGAAAACGAGUUCAGCUUUAUGAAGAUGGAGAAGGACUUCGAUUCGAACUGUGAACGGGAAUGUUUCUCGUGCUUCUAUGACUUGCAUCUCGCGGCCUCCGGUUGCAAGUGCUCUCCCGACGAAUACGCUUGCCUUAAACAUGCGGACAAGCUUUGUUCGUGCGAAGGGAACGAUAGAUUCGUCCUUGUACGUUACGAUAUCGACGAGUUGAGAUCUUUGGUGAGAGCAUUGGAAGGAGAAACAGAUGAUCUGAACAUAUGGGCUUCGAAAAUGGGCAUCGAACCAAUCCAAGAUCAGACCGAGACCCAGAACGGGAAAUCUAGUUUCGGUUCCUCUACCGUUACCCCAAAUGCUGAUUCGGUUAUCGGGGAGGAAAAGAAGGUAAAGGAGGAUCCUUUCGAUCUGAAUGUAGAUCUUCAAAUGGAUGAUAUUGCAGAAACCGUAGCGAAAGAGGAAGAGGUCAGCACGAGCUAUGGCGUCCCGAUGACGAAUUUUGGUGCAACCGUCGAGCCUAUAAAUCUCGGGUAUCUGGUUUUCGGGAAGCUCUGGUGCAAUAAGCACGCCAUUUUCCCGAAAGGGUUUAAGAGUCGGGUCAAGUUCCUUAACGUGAUCGAUCCGACGAGAAUAAGCAGUUAUAUAUCCGAGGUUGUCGAUGCGGGACUUCUCGGCCCACUGUUUAAGGUCACUAUGGAAGAAUCGCCAUGGGAGAGCUUCUCCAAUGUUUCUGCACAGAAUUGCUGGGAAAUGGUUUUGCAGAGAGUUAACGAACAACAACACCGCCUCUCUUCUCCGCCUCUCGAUAGCAUCGACGGGUCCGAGAUGUUCGGGUUUCGCUCUCCGUCCAUAAUUCAGGCGAUCGAGGCUCUGGACCCAAACCAUCGGCUGGGCGGGGGACGAAAGAUCCGUUCGGGUCGGCAUGUUCAUUGAGCGUGACGAAAGGAAAGCUUUUCGGCGUUUAUUUGAAGUAACUAAUAAGACAAAAGACUUUUAGUUUUGAUAGUUUCCGACCAAUUCUUUCCCAUUCUUUUUUUUUCUAAGAUUUUUUUUUUGUUCUUAACCAAAAAAAGAGAUUAACUUUGUUUAGUGACUAAUAAUCCAAAUAAUUUCAGCUUUAGAACCCUAGAACCUGUUAAUGAUCGAUGCUUUUUUGUUCAUCUU